UGGGCGAAGGCGGCGGAGGAGGAGGAGCAGAGUCGCAUGGCCUUCUUCUCCCACGACAUCAGCAUGCUGCGCCUCUUCAAGACCUUCCUGGAGAACAGCCCGCAGCUCACCCUGCUGCUAUACGUUAUCCUGCGGACAAACAAGGCAGAGCCCUCCCAGGGACUGGGGAUCUGCACUGCAUUCCUGUGUGUGACCUGGUCUCUACUGGACUACCACCAGUCCCUGCGCUCCUUCCUGCACGACAAGUACGAGCUCAGCCUGGGCUCCUCCAUCAUCUACUUUCUGUGGAACCUCUUCCUCAUCUGCCCCCGUAUCCUCACGGUCGCCCUCUUUGCCCUGCUCUGGCCCUACGGCGUGGCUGUCCACUUUCCACUUGUGUGGCUGGCGAUGUUCCUCUGGGUCAGCCUGCAGGGCACGGACUUCAUGGAGUCACCUGGCCCCGAGCAGCUCUACCGGGCCAUGGUGGCUGUGAUCCUCUACUUCAGCUGGUUCAAUGUGGCGCAGGGGAGGACACUGUACCGCAGCAUCAUCUAUCAUGGCUUCAUCCUGGUGGACAGCACGCUGCUGGCCCUGUCCUGGCUCUGGUACCGCUUCCCUUCUGAUGAGCACUCAUACCUCAUCCCAGUGGUCUCCGCCGCCCUGCCCUGCUACUUGCUGGGGCUGGUGCUGAGAGUCACCUACUACAAGUGGCUGCACCCCAAUGUAUGGGCGCAGCAAGAAGGUGCCUACGACGAAGUGGAUGCUAACAGGAGGAGCGACGAGCUGGAGUUUCGCUCGCUUUCGGCGCCCGACCUCGUGAACAGGCGGAUGCGAUGGCUGGCCCAGACCCAGUUUGCAGUUUCCCGACCAGCAAGGCAGCACUCCCUGUACAGGGCUGCUGCUGUUGAGUCUGCUGUCUGA